UUAUUAUUCAGUCUUUUGCUGACUUCCAGUUGGUACGGUGGUGCCUGUUGAUUUGCCCGUGUUUCGUAAUGCUUUACCUUCACACUCAUAAUCUUAUCCAAUAUCGCCAUUGAGCGAUAAGUUAUCUUAUACUGUGACACGAUGAUAAAUAAAUUUACAGCACUUGCGAGUUGUGCGACUCAGUAGUGAUUAAAAUAUUGUGUAUUGGUGAAUAAUGAGUGCGCAUUGACGUUAGCUUGCUAUAAGUUUCUUUUAAUUUACAUACUUUUAUAAGUGAUUUUGCACAAAAAAUGUCGUUAUUUAAGAAGAAGGCACCAAAAUAUAACCCUCCUCCAGCGCCAGCGCCCGCUGAGGACAUUGAUAAUCAUCAAAGUAACGGCUUGGACAAUAACAAUGGUUCACAGAAGUCGCAACUAGUGUUCCACUGUCAACAGGCGCAAGGCAGCCCACUCGGUCUCAUAUCUGGAUUUUCUAAUGUAAAGGAGCUUUAUCAGAAGAUAGCGGAAUGUUACGACUUUCCGCCAGAGGAUAUCCUAUUUUGCACGCUCAAUACCCACAAAGUGGACAUGAGGAAGCUCCUUGGUGGCCAAAUAGGAUUAGAAGACUUCAUUUUCGCACACAGAAAAGGAAGACCAAAAGAAAUCGAAAUAGUUAAAACUGAAGAUGCUCUUGGAUUAACAAUAACAGAUAACGGUGCUGGUUAUGCCUUUAUCAAAAGGAUAAAAGAAGGUUCCAUUGUUUCGAGAAUACCGCAUAUAGAGGUCGGCGAUCACAUCGAGAAGUUGGACGGAGAAAAUAUGAUCGGCAAAAGACAUUACGAGGUCGCUAAAUUAUUAAAGGAAAUACCAAAAGGUACCACCUUCACAAUUCGUCUCGUCGAACCCUUGAAGAGCGGCUUCGGAAGCAUCGGACCAAAAUCAAGUGGCGCACGAGGGGGAAAAAAAUCUAACUAUGGCUCGGGAAAAGAAACUCUCAGAUUUAAAGCAAAUGGCCCAGCGAUGAUAGAAAAUGAGCACGAUGAGAGGUCACAAGCUGGCAUAGAUAAAAUAAAUGGCCUGUUGGAAUCUUUCAUGGGAAUAAAUGAUACAGAACUGGCAACACAGAUGUGGGACAUAGCGGAGGGUAAAACGAAUUCAAUGCAACUGGCUGAAGCCAUAGACAACAGCGAUUUACAAGAGUUUGGAUUCACAGAUGAAUUCAUAAUUGAGCUGUGGGGUGUGAUAACGGAUGCUAGAUCUGGCAGACUCACUUAGAUAAAUGACAUGGCUGUUCUUAUUAGUUAUGGCUAUGACUGUUCUUCAUUAUUUAUUUACAAGAAAGCUAAAUGUUAGCUAUGUAUUUUUAAUGUAUAUG